AUGUCGUCGUCGUCUGUCAUGGAAUAUCUGCGUUCGCAUGGGUUUGCCAAAGCACUCAGUGCUUUUCAGACCGAAAUGGAGGCCACCUCCAAAGGCGCUACCCCUGCAGAGGCUUCAGAGGCGUCCAGCGCGCAGUUAGGCAGCCUGGACGUCAGUAUGACUGAGCUCGCCAAUAAGAACGUUCCUAGGGAUCCCAGGGAAAAGGAUGCCCAGGAUACCGGCACGGGUUCGGCGUUAGAGCAGGCUGGUGCGCAGGCGCUGUUGCUAGAUCCAACAGACACGGCACGCGGGUUCGCUAUGAUCAAGUCGUGGUGCACGGGCAGUCUGGACAUUUACCAGCCAGAGUUGUUACCUCUGUUGCUUCCGCUUUUUGUGCACAGCUACCUAAAUAUGGUGGAUAUGGGCCUGGGCAUGGCGGCAACUGAGUUUUUUCAUGCUCACGCUUCCUUCUUUCAGCCCAUGCACGCAAGCUUGCUAUCCCAUCUACGCUCGCUGUGCCUCCCAUCACACAUAAACACGGAUGAGCUAGCGCAGCAAUUUCGUACGGAACGCUACGUCCUGAAGAUGUCGCCUAAUGUGUUUGGUCUUUUGAUCGGGUGGCUCACGGAUGGUACAAGUCCUGUGGGAUUCUCGUCUAUGGAUCACGCUUCCUUCGUGGACAGCAUGCUAGAGCCAUCUCGACGCGGCCGCGAGGCCAUGUUGAAGAUUAUCAACGAACGCUGCCGCAUCCAGGUUCUACGCUCGGCCAUGUUCCAGCUGGACCCCUUGGAACUCGAGGAAGGGACAGGCCUUACUGGCGCUGGCCCCUCCUUCGCAUCACAUGGCCCCUUGUCCGUGUCGCGACACCAUCCGCUUGUCCAUGCGGCGGCGGUCUCUGAGUCGGAUGCCAUUGCUGACUUUAAUGCUCGUGCAGCAGGACCUCAAUUAAAACUACAUCCCCGCAUCCCGCUGGCCGAGGACUUGAAGGACGAAGUGGACCAUGUUUUGCGCGAUGAACAGGCCCAAUUGCAGGCCAAGUCCAAAGUCGAGCCUACCGAGAAAGACACGUCAACCCCCACCGACACCAAGGAUACCAACGCAUCAUCGCCUGCCUCGAGCUCGCGCGAUCCCUCUGUGCCUCCGCAGCACGAGGAGGCCGAGGAUAUGGAGCAGGAGCCAACAUCAGAUCUGUUGGGGCCGACCUUGGCAGAUCUGCCCCCCCAGCCGUCCAUGUUCCGUACUGUGGAUCUGCUGCGCGAGGUCGAGCGUGUGCGAGACGCACGCAAGUGUCUACGCAUUGAUCCCAAACUAGCACCUCAGGCUGCCUCUGCCGCCGAUGCCAAGCCGCCGAGCAGCUGGGAUGGUGUCCCGCGCACCGUGGGUCUCCCGAGCGUCUGCAUGUACACCUUUUUUGAUGCCGAGGAUGGUCUUACGAGCAGUACGUUUUCGUCGGACUUGACGCUGAUGGCGGCUGGGUUCGAGGAAAGCUAUGUGCAAGUGUGGAGUCUGAAGGGCGAGCCAGUACGCGAGCUGCGCAGUGACUUUAAUUUAUCGUCUAUCCGCGAUCGAAAGACGCUGCAGCAGCACCGGGCCCCUGGCACCAUGACGUCACGCAAGUUGAUUGGACACAGUGCCCCUGUGUAUGGCGUCGACUUCGAUCCUGUGGGCGGUAGUGGGUCAAGCCCGCGGCACCUGCUGAGCUGCAGUGCGGAUGGCACAGCCCGGCUCUGGAGCCUCGAUACGUUUGCGGCGCUCGUGGCCUACCGCGGUCACCAGUACCCGUUGUGGGACGUAACAUGGGGCCCCCUGGGCACCUACUUUGCAACGGCAAGCGCGGAUCGCACGGCGCGGCUGUGGAGUGUGGAGCGAAUCAACCCGCUGAGGAUUUACGCAGGACACUUGUCGGACGUGGACUGUCUGCGAUUCCAUCCCAACUCACUAUACCUAGCCACUGGUUCUUCAGACCGCUCGUGCCGGUUGUGGGACGUGCAACGGGGCGCGUGCGUGCGUUUGUUUGUUGGGCACCAGUCGCCCAUUUCCUGUCUGCGCAUCAGCUCAGAUGGACGGUAUUUGGCGUCUGCCAGCGAUGGAAAUGCGUCGAUAAAGUUUGGUCAAACGAGACGGUCCUCCGCUGAUGCCUACACGGUUAGCUUGUGGGAUCUCGCAAGUGGUCGGCGGAUCAAGAAGAUGUGGGGACACACAUCGACGAUCCAUGAUAUGGACUUUAGUGCGGAUGGUGCUGUGCUGGUCACAGGCUCUGCCGACAACACAGUGCGCUGCUGGGAUGUGCGCACGGCGCAGGAGUCGCCCAGCGGUGAAGCGGAUGCGAGCAGUGACUGCGUUGCAACGUACUUCACCAAAAAUACACCAGCACACAGUGUGCACUUCUCGCCGCGCAACUUGUGUCUUGCCGCAGGGGUGUAUUCAGCCUCUACAUAG